GCUUAAUCUCUUGUGUCGACAUCUUAAUUUACAAAUUCUAUCUUUCUGUUAUUUUCUUCUUCUUCUUCCUCUUUUUAUUUUCUAAAUUUAUUUGUUUGUGUUUAAUCCUUUUUAUCGAUCUCAAGCGACCUCUUUGUCAAACCUGACAAUCCCAAAUGAUGAAGAAUUCUGACGUCGCUAUUUAUUAAAACCAAAACAAUCUCUUCUUAUAUACUUUAGUUUCAGACAGGAACCCAACAAAAAAAUCAAAACUCUUUUCUCUUUUCUUUUUUUUUGCAAAAAAAAUAAAAAUGGGGAAUUGUCAAGCGGCCGAAGCAGCGACGGUUUUGAUUCAUCACCCGGCGGAGAACAAGGUGGAGAGGAUUUACUGGUCAGUGACAGCGAGUGACAUCAUGAAAUCCAAUCCUGGUCAUUACGUUGCGGUGGUGGUGACGUCACCUACGAUGAAGAACGAGAAAGGUUUGCCACUGAAGCAGCUUAAACUCCUUCGUCCUGACGACACUUUACUCAUCGGACAUGUCUAUCGUCUCGUCAGCUUCGAAGAGGUUUUGAACGAGUUUGCGACGAAGAAAUGUGUGAAGCUUGGCAAGUUAUUGAAAGAAGGAGGAGGGCUUGACUUGACGAAGAAGAAGACGAAACACAGGAAGAAGAAGCUGGAUCAGGAAACGGGCAAAGUCAACCCGAAUUCGGAUCCGAAUCCGAACCAAGAUGGCGCUGAUAAUGCGGUCGCCGGAGAAAACGGGGGAGAUGGGUUUAUGAGGAGGAGCCACGGUGGAGGAAGAGGUGGUGGUGGGUGGAGGCCAGCUUUACACAGCAUUCCGGAAUUUGGAUCCUCAUGAGAGCUCUUGAUCAAAAGCGUAGAUAUUCUUAAAGCAACUAUCAUCCGACAACAUUGAAAGUUUUAUGUAAAGCGAUGUUACUGUUUUCUGUGGCUUUAAUGAGAUUUCAGUCUUCGACAAAUGUUUUCAAGAACUCUAAUCGUUUUUAACCUAUUAGAUACAAAUAUAAGGCACAUCCACAAUACGAAUUUCUUCGAAUUUUCGCAUCCAAAUGCAAAACGAAAUAGUUGGUUGAAGUAUAAUUUUCAGGUAUGCAUAAUUUAUUUAUCAACCGAUAAUUGAAUUAGGCUCAUCUUUAAUGGAAAUUUAAAGUGGAAAAAAGAAAGAAAAAGAAUUAGGC